UCUCGAUUCGGAAGAAAUGCAGCAGCCAUUUCCUUUACCCCCCAGAAAUGGAACACAGGAGGCAGUAAAGCUAAAACAAUCAUAGAGACACUGGAGGCUACAUCAUUUCCGACUGAAAAAAAAGAACUAGUCGCUUCUCAUCGUGUUGAUCAAAACUGGGGAAACAUGAACCUCACUAACUGUACUGCAGAAGCCGGCGUGGCGGUGAGACCUAAGACUGUCACGGAGAAGAUGCUCAUUUGCAUGACUCUGGUGAUCAUCACCACCCUGACCAUGUUGCUGAACACGGCGGUCAUCUUGGCCAUCUGCACCACCAAGAAGCUCCACCAGCCCGCCAACUACCUGAUCUGUUCACUGGCUGUGACAGACCUGCUGGUGGCCGUGCUCGUCAUGCCCCUGAGCAUCAUGUACAUUGUCAUGGAGAGCUGGAAGCUUGGAUACUUCAUCUGUGAGGUGUGGCUGAGUGUGGACAUGACCUGCUGUACCUGCUCCAUCCUCCAUCUGUGUGUGAUUGCCCUGGACAGGUACUGGGCCAUCACCAAUGCUAUUGAGUAUGCCAGGAAGAGGACAGCCAAGAGAGCUGGACUGAUGAUCCUCACUGUCUGGACCAUCUCUAUCUUCAUCUCCAUGCCCCCUCUGUUCUGGAGGAGCCACCGCCAGCUCAGCCCACCCCCCAGCCAGUGCACCAUCCAGCAUGACCAUGUGAUCUACACCAUCUAUUCCACACUCGGGGCAUUCUAUAUCCCCUUGACUUUGAUCCUGAUUCUCUAUUACCGCAUUUACCAUGCAGCCAAGAGCCUUUACCAAAAGAGGGGCUCAAGCCGGCAUUUAAGCAACAGAAGCACAGACAGCCAGAAUUCUUUUGCAAGUUGCAAACUCACGCAGACUUUCUGUGUGUCUGACUUCUCCACCUCAGACCCUACCACAGAAUUUGAAAAGAUCCACACCUCUAUCAGGAUCCCUCCCUUUGACAAUGAUCUAGAUUACCCUGGAGAACGACAACAGAUCUCUAGCACCAGGGAACGCAAGGCAGCCCGCAUCCUGGGACUGAUUUUGGGUGCAUUCAUUUUGUCUUGGCUGCCGUUUUUCAUCAAAGAAUUGAUUGUAGGUCUGAGCAUCUAUACUGUAUCCUCUGAAGUAGCUGAUUUUUUGACGUGGCUGGGUUAUGUGAAUUCUCUGAUCAACCCUCUGCUGUACACAAGUUUUAAUGAAGAUUUUAAACUGGCUUUUAAAAAACUCAUUCGGUGCCGAGAGCAUACAUAGAUUGUCAAAAGCCAAAAGGCAUGACAUUUACUCUGCAGAGCCUCCUGUGUGGACAGGGUAAGGGGUGUAGCUUAUUAAUUCUUGAACAUACUUGGUUCAGGAGAGUUUGUAAGUAUGUGUGGUCUUGUGAAUUUGUUUUAUGCUUUUAUGUUUGAGUCUUGUUAUUUGGUGUGUUGUUUUCUACCUCUGGUCUUAUCUGUGGUACAUAAUUUCAAAUAAACAUAAUC